UCGGUCUUAGAAAAUAUCAAAAUAUAUCACCCUUUUAGACAAUGAUCAAAAUUUUUAGGAACCUCCGAGGUGAGGGCCGGUGCCUUGCCCGCGGAUUUAUGACGCGACCAAAAAUCUACCAGGAACCCGGCGUCUUUGUCCAUCCGGAGCUGCGUCGCACCAUUCCCCUCGUUUACUUCCGCAGAAGUGACUUGCCGAAGAAACUGGAUCUCAAAUUACAUAACAACCAGGAUUGCGGAAUAUCUCCUUUGGAGAGGAAUCGAAGGUGCAAGGAGUACUUCCGCCAGUUUUGCAGGAGGCAGCACAGCUGCUUUUCCCGGACCUACCAAUGGUCCGAGUUCCGCCGAAAGAUGAUCUACGGCAGUUACUAGCAAGGACUAACAUUCAAAAUUAGUAUAUACUAAACUUUGUAAUCUAAAAAAUAUUUUGUUUUGA